UAAGGCUCGGCAGGGCGACCUGAGCGGGACGGAGCGUCUCACCUGGUUCACCUGCACCAGUCCUCACACUCACCUAUUGCGCACAUUCGCCGGUAAGCAAGCAGCUGCUGUUGAGACCCGGGUGUCUCUCCGGAGCACAUGGAGCCGGUCUACCGGGGCUUGGGCCGCUGUGCGUGCGCCUUCUGGCUCGCGGUGGCCUUUGACGUCGUGGGACUGGCCGUGCUCCUCAUCGGGGUGUUCGCCAGCGUCUUCUUCUACGACCUGCUCAUCUACGCGGGCGCCAUCGUCAUCUUCCUCAGCCUCAUCUGGUGGGUGUUCUGGUACUCGGGGAACAUCGAGGUGCCUCCGGCGGAGCUGGAGGAUGAUGUGGGCUUGCUGAAGAAAAACAAGGGCGGUCUGAGCCGCUUCACCGGCGCGGUCAGUCGCUUCUCCAGCCGCGUGUCCAGCGGCAUCAGGAGUUCGCUCCGCAGGAACGGAGGAGCGCCCGGCGGCCGCACAUCCAAGAGGUCAGCUGCAGGGCGGCCGGGAGCCCCGCACACGGAGCAGGUGGCGGUUGCCAUGGCAACGGUGGCCCCGCAAGCGAGCGCUGCGGACGCUGCUGUCUCCUGUGAUGUAGAGAUGCCGCACACAACCACAGAGACUUCACCUGCGUGACGAGGGCCGCCAGACACAUUAGUUUCUUGAAGGCUUGAAGCAUGGAACUGAGGAGGAUCUGGCCUGCAAAACAGUUGUUUUUUGUUGUUGUUGUUGACUUCUUGUGUUUUAAUGACAAAUUAUUGCUGAGAUUUUAUUUUCUAUGAGAACUGUUCUAUCGGCAAAAAAUUGUGCCACUAGAAACUCAGUCUGACUGAUUUAUGUUUGAACUUGUAUUGCACAACUUGAAUAAUUUAAAUAAAAAGUUGAAUUUGAA